AUGCAGCCCUUCCGCUUCCUCGACCUCCCCAAGGAGCUCCGCCUGAUGGUCUACGAGCACCUCCCCAGCACGAAGUCGCACGUGACCCAGCACAAGGCACCCACGGCCUGCACAAUGCACCGCACCACGUUCGCUACGGGCAUCCUCGCCUCGUGCAAGUUCGUCAAAGCCGAGGCGGAGCCCUUCUUCACAAAGGCCCUGAAGACGUGCGUGCUGCGCAUCACAAACCCGCUGGUCCUCUUCAACAUCCCGCCGUCCACGCGCUCGCACAGCACGUUCGCGCACUUCCUGCUCUCGGACCGCGCGGAGAAGUACGUGCCGGAGAGCAGCUUCCACCCGCAGGCGGAGGUGUUCAUGAACAAGUGGGUAGCCCUGUUCAACGCAACGCGCGCCUACAGGCCGGGCGACGGGCUGGGCAAGCUCGGGGUCUACGUCGCGCUCGCCUUCAGCAAGAAUGGCCGGCGCGGGUGCAGAAAAGUGCGCGUCUCGAGACCCGUGCAUGAGUGCGUGGACUGCAGGCGCAAUCAGUCUGCCGCGGACAGGGUGCGGGGGUGUCGGGCGCAGGCGGAGGAGGCGAUGGAGUUGGUGUUCUUCUUUGAGUUUAUGGAGGGGGGCGACGGGAAGUACACUGUACACAUGUACUCUGCCUUUCUUCCAGCAGUGACAAAUUGCGACUCCAGCAUUUCACUAGCAGACAAAUUGUCUCUGAAAAGUCACAUCGUACGCAAACACGAAAUCUCAUCUGUUUCGAACAGCAUCUCAACCUGUUCUCGUUCCCUGUGUGAUAAUGCCGGUCCGUGUGACCACACUCACCCAUCGUCCCCCGCCGACCCCAGCGCCCGUGAAUCUUCUACCAUGCAGCGUGCCCCGUCUGCGUAA